UGACUAAAAAUAUCCUUGCAGGAGUUUCCAAAUACAUGCUCAGCACUGUUAAAGGAGUAGAUAUGUACCCCAAAACAAUCCCAUUCACUUUUAAAGGACAAGAAGAAUUCAAGACUCUCUUUGGAGGAAUAAUCUCGCUGAUCAUCAAGAUAGUGAUCCUUCUGUACACCUACCAAAUGAUAUCCAUCAUGAUUACCAACAAGAAUAGUUCCAAAAAUGUAAACACCACUGUUCAGAACAUUUUGAAUGACACAGAGUCUAUUAAUCUCACCGAUACGAAAUUUCAGUUUGCUGUCAGAGCCACAAUAAAUGGAAUGGAUUUUGACUUGUUCAAUGAACCAAGUUAUGGCACAGCUUCAAUCGAUCAAUUUUACGGGAAUCAAACUUCUGGUAACCCAUUUAAGAAUCUUUGUAGGAAUCUAUAAUAGA